AUGAUUCCAAUGCUCAAAGCCCUUCGGGCACCAUCAGGUAAGUGGGUCGAAAUUCGUAUCAUUGGAUUGCCAACCAAAAAGUGCACCAACGGUUGUGUCUUUGCUGCAAUGGAACCUAAGGUUCUGGCAGAUAAAAGGAUGACGAAUCCGAGAUACUGUUGUGAAGACCAGCUCGACAAAAGUCGAGAACAAAUUAGCGAACUCAAUCCGACGCCGAUCUUUUCGCAUAGCAAUAACGAUGACUCCGAGUUCACAUUUGAGUACAAAUACAUAUAA